UCCCGGGGGCUGUCGUCGUCGUCUCCGUGUCCUGUUUGCGGAGGGAAGGAGCUGGGCCCCCUCGCAGCUCGACCCCCAGCCGCCUCCCCGAGAGGUAACGUAAGCAUUUCAGUUAUACAUGAGAGAGGAAGCAGGCAUGUCAGCUCUUUGUCCACCACCAUCUCCUGCAGUUGCUAAAACAGAGAUCUCUUUGAAUGGCGAGUCACCUCUACUAGCUGCCACUUUUGCUUACUGGGACAAUAUUCUUGGCCCCCGAGUGCGGCAUAUCUGGGCCCCAAAGACAGAACAGGUACUUCUCAGUGAUGGUGAAAUAACUUUUCUUGCUAACCACACCCUGAAUGGAGAAAUACUUCGGAAUGCAGAAAGCGGUGCAAUAGAUGUGAAGUUCUUCGUCUUGGCAGAAAAAAGGGUAAUCAUUGUGUCAUUAAUCUUUGAUGGAAACUGGAAUGGAGACAGAAGCACAUAUGGACUAUCAAUUAUACUUCCACAAAGUGAACUUGGCUUCUACCUGCCACUUCACAGAGUAUGCGUGGAUAGGUUAACACAUAUUAUAAGGAAAGGAAGAAUAUGGAUGCAUAAGGAGAGGCAAGAACAUUUCCAGAAGAUUGUGUUGGAAGGCACGGAGAGAAUGGAGGAUCAGGGCCAGAGCAUCAUUCCAAUGCUGACCGGAGAAGUCAUUCCUGUAAUGGAACUCCUUUCAUCUAUGAAAUCACACAGUGUUCCAGAAGAAAUAGAUAUAAGUGACACGGUACUAAAUGAUGAUGACAUCGGGGAUAGUUGCCAUGAAGGCUUUCUUCUCAAUGCAAUUAGUUCACACCUGCAGACCUGUGGUUGUUCUGUCGUUGUAGGAAGCAGCGCAGAAAAAGUUAAUAAGAUUGUGAGAACGUUGUGUCUGUUUCUUACGCCGUCAGAGCGGAAGUGUUCCAGACUCUGUAGAAAUGAGUCUUCUUUCAAAUACGAGUCAGGACUUUUUGUUCAAGGCUUACUCAAAGAUGCAACAGGAAGCUUUGUGUUGCCUUUCCGUCAAGUAAUGUAUGCCCCAUAUCCUACUACACAUAUAGACGUAGAUGUCAAUACAGUGAAGCAGAUGCCCCCUUGUCAUGAACACAUCUAUAACCAACGACGAUACAUGAGAUCCGAGCUGACAGCAUUUUGGAGAGCUAAUUCAGAUGAAGAAAUGUCUCAAGAUCAUAUUAUCCACACAGAUGAGAGUUUCACGCCUGAUUUAAAUGUGUUUCAAGAUAUCCUGCAUCGAGAUACAUUAGUAAAAGCCUUCCUGGAUCAGAUCUUCCAUCUGAAGCCUGGCUUGUCUCUAAGGAGUACUUUCCUUGCACAAUUUCUACUAGUCCUUCACAGAAAAGCCUUAACUUUAAUAAAAUACGUAGAGGAUGACACGCAAAAAGGAAAAAAACCGUUUAAGUCUCUUCGUAGUUUAAAGGUAGAUCUUGACUUAGCAGCAGAGGGCGAUCUUAACAUAAUAAUGGCUUUGGCUGAGAAGAUUAAACCAGGUCUACAUUCCUUUAUCUUUGGGAAGCCGUUCUACACUAGUGUACAAGAACGUGAUGUGCUCAUGACAUUUUAAAGUUCUCCACCACUGACGUGUAGUAUUGCAGUCUUGCAUGGUACGAAAAGUAAUCUGCUAGUGUGACCACCACGCUUGUGACAAUCAUUGACUUGACUGAGGAUGGAGCAUUAGGAGCACAGUGACACUACAGUCUGUCUGAAGCAGGAGGGGAUCUUGUUAGAGGCAAUAUCAGCUUAACUAGACAAGUAUGAUUUUAAUGAAUCCAUCUCUUAUGUGUGUUUUAACAAUAAAUGUUACCAGAGUUUCCCUUGCCAUAUAGGCUUAGUAGAUAAAUUUGAAAAAGUUUUGGUGUAUGAUAAAGGGAAGCAUUUUAGUUUUCUUUCCCGAGAGACUUCCUUAAGGUGCGUGUCAGUUUUUCCCAGUUCUGCUGUGUCAGUAUAUUUAGUGUUUCCACAGAAAACAAUACAUAUGUCCUCUCUAAUCAUGGAGUAAUCAUGGAGGUUGCAGAAUAGGGGCCCUCCAGGCAUUUCAAAGAGGUUUUAAAAGUGUUUGUUCUUAUGUAUGUGGUACAAAUCUGAAAUAUGUCUUCCCUCAUCUCCCUUUUUAACACUACUGUCUCCUCCAUUUAGAGCAUUAAAAGCGUUUGGGAUUUUUAAUAUACUACAAAUUGCUAUUCUUGUGUGCAAACUGUUGACAAUGAGCAGCUUAAAUAGCAGCACUCUGCUUGUGGGAACUGGGUUAUUAUUUAAGCAGCUUUCUGCAUGCAAGUGCCAACCAGGAUACUCUGUCACAGAUUGUUGGGCCAUCCCGCAGUGAAGUGUUCAAUGAUCCAGCAUAAUUGAGCUCUUUCAAAACACAAAGCAGAAAACUUGUGUCAUUCAGCAGCAGUUGUCAGUCUUUCUGUCUGUAAACUGCUGCUGUUUUUUCCAUUGUCAGUUAGAAUAAGGUUCAGAUUAAAGUAUUAGACCUUCCCAAAGAACACAAUGGUGAUAGCCAAACUAAAAGAUAAAACAGUAUUUUUUUUUUGCAUUGCCAUUAAUAUAUUUAGUAAUCCUUAAUUCAGAGGUGAGCACAGCUAUGCACUAAUGUGAUUAGCAUUUUCCUAAGUGAAUUCUAGUGAAUAAUCUUGCCCAUCUUCUUAGUUCAUCUUAGCACAUCUCCAACUUUGCUUUGCUUGAAAAUAAAAACACGUUUUCUAUUUGUAUGCCUCAACCUUUCCUUCUCAGUAGCAUAUAGAGCAGUGUGGUGUCAGGUUAUCCACACCCAUUUUUUUGAGUUCUGAUGCACGGUUGGUGUGUGUUAUAUUUAAAUCAGUGGUACAUCUGUACUGCAUGUUGUUGUAUUUCUUUUCUUUUUGGACAAACACAGGAAUAUAUUUGUAUUGUGUUAGCAUAACCUCAUAACUCAAUAUUCAUGGUGAAAGAGCUGCACUUGUGAUUGAAGAAGCCACGGUUGCUUUAUUGCUAAAAUUGUCCUUGGCAAACAGGUUUCUGUUUUCAAGAUAGCUUUUUAGUGUCUCUUUCAUGCAGCGAGGCAUUGGAAGUUAACAAAAGUUAGAUUCACAGCUUCUCCUGAAAUGUGCAAUACUCAGAUUUUAAAAGGAAUACUGUCCUUUUUUAUUUAGAUGUCCAGAAUUCCUUACGCUUCCUGAAAGACAAGGAUUCAC